AUGUCAAGCUCCUCUCACCUCAGCACUGACUCGAGCUCCUCUCACCUCAGCACUGACUCGAGCUCCUCUCACCUCAGCACUGACUCGAGCUCCUCUCACCGCAGCACUGACUCGAGCUCCUCUCACCGCAGCACUGACUCGAGCUCCUCUCACCUCAGCACUGACUCGAGCUCCUCUCACCUCAGCACUGACUCGAGCUCCUCUCACCUCAGCACUGACUCGAGCUCCUCUCACCUCAGCACUGACUCGAGCUCCUCUCACCUCAGCACUGACUCGAGCUCCUCUCACCUCAGCACUGACUCGAGCUCCUCACACACCGCAGCACUGACUCGAGCUCCUCUCACCGCAGCACUGACUCGAGCUCCUCACACCACAGCACUGACUCAAGCUCCUCUCAACGCAGCACUGACUCGAGCUCCUCACACCGCAGCACUGACUCGAGCUCCUCACACCGCAGCACUGACUCGAGCUCCUCACACCGCAGCACUGACUCGAGCUCCUCUCACCGCAGCACUGACUCGAGCUCCUCACACCGGAGCACUGACUCGAGCUCCUCACACCGGAGCACUGACUCGAGCUCCUCACACCGCAGCACUGACUCGAGCUCCUCACACCGCAGCACUGACUCGAGCUCCUCACACCGCAGCACUGACUCGAGCUCCUCACACCGCAGCACUGACUCGAGCUCCUCUCACCGCAGCACUGACUCGAGCUCCUCACACCGCAGCACUGACUCGAGCUCCUCACACCGCAGCACUGACUCGAGCUCCUCACACCGCAGCACUGACUCGAGCUCCUCUCUCCUCAGCACUGACUCGAGCUCCUCACACCGCAGCACUGACUCGAGCUCCUCACACCGCAGCACUGACUCGAGCUCCUCUCUCCUCAGCACUGACUCGAGCUCCUCACACCGCAGCACUGACUCGAGCUCCUCACACCGCAGCACUGACUCGAGCUCCUCUCACCAUAGUAACAUAG